GGCAGCCAUCUAUUUACCAGUGUUAAAUUUGUUAAACUAUAAAACAACACAAAGGUGAACUACACCCCCAUAAACAUAUUUAAGCGAGAAAAAGAUAGACUGUAAAAAUAAACCAGUUUGCAAACGUAAAAGGCUUUCAAAACAAUCGGUUAUCUAAUACAUUCUAUCAAUGGAUAUCUUCAAAAUAUAAAUAGAAACGUUUAGCCUAUCAGAAUAAGAGUUUGAAAGGAAUGUUAGGUGGUAAAUCUACUUACUUUUACAAUCUCAUUCGACCGUUGUUUAUAAGAGAAACAAAUGUUGACUUGCUUAAAACGCUCGGUGAAUACUCGGACAUAAUAUUAGUAUAUGCACUCCUAAUAAUGUUAAUUAGCAACAUUUUUAUAGAUGCAAUAAAAUGCGUUUAGACAUUCGACUUUUUUCAGACAUUUGAUAAUAUUUUAACCUGACAAUAUGAAAUGUGUAGUGUUGCUCGCGUGCAUUAUCUGUAUAGUUGAUUCAACAUCUCUUUCAUGUGGACCUGAUGGAUUAUGUCAGUGUAAAAAUAUAAAUGUUAUGGAUUGUUCCGAAAAUAGUCAUUUAUCAUUACGGAAGGUAUGUGACUUCGUGAAUAACAAUAAAGAUGUCAACAUUACUAUUUUGCACCUUGAACAAAAUAGAUACAAAUAUAUUCGGACAGAAGACAUUAAAGGAUGUAAGUCACUGAAAAGUCUUUAUCUUAGAGGAAACGAAAUAAGCUAUGUUGAAGAUGUUUCUCUGAUAAAGUUUGAUAAUCUAAAGACGCUUGAUAUGAGCUUUAACCAGCUUGAUGUUUAUAACAAAAGAGGGACACUAGCAUUUAAACUUCCGCAGUCUUUAAAACGGCUUGUGCUGAACAGAAAUCUAAAUGUUUCGAACUAUGAUGGUGCUUUGUAUCCGGACCUGUCGAAUCUAACUAAUAUUGAACAUAUCGUUCUUGAUGGACUGAAAGACACAAACUUUCCUGUAUCUUACAGCAAAAUUCAAUCAUUGCGUAGUGUAUCGUUGUCAGGUUUGGAUGGAAAUUGUAGUAUUCCUUAUGUUUCAAAUGACACAUUUCAAUAUCUCACUCAUAUAAGAGCAUUGAAUUUGUCGUAUUGUGAUAUACAAAAUUUAACAGCUGGAUCAUUUAAAAAACUUCAGAAUUUAGAAGUUUUAGAUUUGUCUGAAAACAUGAAUCUUGGAUUUGGUAAUGCAAUGAAUGCAACAUACGGUUUACAGUUCACAAAGAUCAAAUCGUUGAAUGUUUCUAAACUCUAUCCAACAUUCGGUCUUGGAACUCAAAUAAAGUUACAAGAUAUGUGUUAUCUUUGGAAAACGAACUUAACUGAACUUGUUUUAAAUGAUAAUAGAAUUCAAUUAAUAGACACAAAUGUUUUAAUAUUGGCGCCAAACACUUUGAAAAUAGUACGAGCAGAAGGCAACAAGUUUACUUUUGGGCCAUAUUUAUACCAACUAGGGUGUUUGUCAAGUUUAGAAGAAUUCUAUGGGAAUUUCCAAAAUCUUGCACGUGAUCCACGCUUGUAUAUGAAAGAGCCGCCUAAUACAGAUGAUUCCGGACUGAUACCUACGAACUUAAAUUGUCCAUAUGCUGCGCCAAAUGUAUUGAAAAAUAUAAGUGAAAUGAAAAACAAUAAAACGUGUCCGUAUUUGAAGGACAAUAAUAUAAACAUGACCGAAAGAUUACCCACAUUUCCAAUGGGAAUGAAAAGACUGGAAUUUUCUAAUUGUGGCAUACAGUACAAUUUAUCUAGUUUGUUAGUACCUCCAAUUCCCGAUAAAAUGGAAUAUCUUGAUGGCUCAGGUAACAUUUUAUACUCCUGGAUUGGGCCUCUUGGCCCUUUUCCAAAUGUUAAAUAUCUUAACCUAUCUCGCAAUUAUUGUUCGCAGAUUGGACUGAAAUUCUUUGAAAGCUUCCAAAAUCUUGAAGAUCUUCAGAUUCAAGAGAACUUCCUAGGUUUAGUUCUUUCAAAUAAGUAUUAUGGACCAAGUGUAUUUGAAAAGUUAACGAAGUUAAAAGUUAUGAAUUUAUCAUCAAACAUUAUAUCCUAUCUACAUCCUGCUGCAUUUUCAAACAUGUCACAUCUGACGACAUUAGACUUAAGUCUGAACAACAUUGAGUCGUUGGAUAUUGACGUUGGUUCCUUAAAUAAUUUAACGAAUUUGAACUUAAAAUUUAAUUUUAUCCACACGAUCCCGUCUCAUCUCAGGGAGAAGCUGGAACUUAAUUCUAAACGUCUCAACAAGAACUUCACGGUUGAUCUCAGUAACAAUACUUUGUCAAUAAGUUGUGAUGAAAAGGACUUUUUGGAAUGGAUGGUUAAACAUAGAAAGAAUAUGCUUAAUUUCGAUCAUUACACUUUCCACAACAUGUCUGGUCAACGUGUGAGUGUGGAAAUGUUUGUAAAAGAUGUAAUGGAACUUGAUAAGGAUUGUGGUUCAUACAGUAUAAUAAUUGUAGCUUGCUCUAUAGGUAUAUCCGUAUUUCUGUCAAUUGUUAUUGGUGGUGUAGUAUACAAGAAUAGGUGGAACUUACGUUAUCUUAUGCGCAUAACUAAGAUCAAGCAUUUUGGUUAUAUCAGACUACAUCAAUACUUUAACGAACCAGAAAGGUUCGUGUAUGAUGCUUUUAUUUCAUAUGCAAAUGAAGAUGUACGUUUUAUCCUUGACGUAAUGAUGCCAAAACUAGAAGGACAAGGCUUAAAAUUGUGUUUGCAUGAUAAAGACUUUUUACCAGGUAACAAUAUUGCUGACAAUAUUCUACAAGCCAUCGGAAAUAGCAGAAAAACCGUUGCUGUUAUAUCUGAGCAGUUUCUAAAAAGCGAAUGGUGUUUGUUUGAGUUCAAUAUGGCAAGAAUGGAAAGCAUUUACUCUCGUGGGGGUAAUAGUUGUCUUAUAAUUGUUAUAUUAGAAGACGUUCCAACGCGAAAUAUGUCCAAUGAAAUGUUGGACUGGAUGAGAACCAAUACAUACAUAGAGUACACAAGAGAGGAAAAUGGUGAACUACUGUUUUGGGAUAAUUUCCUGCAAGCUUUAAAUGAAUGAAACAUCAUAAAAUGAAUUCGCCCAUUUCUGUAUACCGGUUGUAAACUUUUUGCGAAUUAACAUGCUUUAAGAAGAGGUAACUAAAAGAAAUAUAGUACUCAAAUUUAAUGCAAGCGCAAGCCAAUUGUCAUUUCCGGAGUAAAAUGUAUAUCCGUGUUACUGGUAUUUUUAUUUGUAAUGUACCCUUCACCAGUUCUCAUCAUAACUGUAUAUUCUAAAUGUAUUCAUCACAUGAUUAUUUUCUAUGUAAUUGUCUAGUGUUAUUUGCAUGUUUGGUAAUAGAUAUCGAAAAUUGGUAUAUUAAUCUAUAUGUAUUUACAAAUAUCGUGUAUCAAGUUUUUUUCGCGUAUGGCAAAUUUUGCGAUAUUGGCAGUAAUCUCAUUUUAGAGAAUCUGAUUUUAGCGAUUUUGUUGUACAUGUUUCUUGUUCUGCAUUUAUCUGCUGAAUAUAAAACUUGAAUAUCGAAAAUUGAUAUUUGAUACAUUGAUAUCUCGGUAUCACAAUAUAAAAUGAAUAUGACUAAACUGGGUAGCAAAUUUAAAGUAAAAAUCAAGUACCAAAAUCAUACGUAAUUAAAUUAGGUAUUAAAAUUAAUGAAAUUUUAGCGCGAUAUUAAUAACACUCGAAUAUAGCUAAAAUUAAAUACUUGUAAAAAACGCGGUAAACUGUAAUAUAUAAUUCCUAUAUCAUCAUUAUGUUUAAUA